AUGCUCAGGCGACAGUCGCGUGAGCGCCGCGAGUACAUUUUCAAAAAGUCGCACGAGGCGCAGGAGCGCAGUGUCUUUGAGCGCAAGCAGCGUAUCAAGGACCUCGUCGCGCAGGGCAAGCAGCUGCCUACCGAGCUUCGCAACGAUGCGCGCACGAUUGGCAAGGACCUUGUUCUGGACGAGGCUCAGACCGACCCCCGCUCGCACGUCGACGACGAGUACGCAAAGGUCGGCACAUACGACCCCAAGGUCGUGCUCACCACGUCGCGCGACCCCUCGUCGCGUCUCCUCCAGUUCUCCAAGGAAAUGCGCCUCGUGUUCCCCAACGCCAUCCGCCUCAACCGCGGUAACACUGUCAUGAAGGACCUCGUCCAGACGUGUCUCUCGCAGGGCGUCACCGACCUCCUCCUCGUGCACGAGCACCGCGGUGUGCCCGAUGCCCUCAUCAUCUCCCACCUGCCCCACGGCCCCACGCUCAGCAUGACCCUGCACAACGUCACCCUCCGCCACGACGUCAGCGCCCAGCAGUCGACCGUCUCGGAGCAGUACCCGCACCUCAUCUUUGACGGCUUCUCCACCCGCCUCGGCGAGCGUGUGGCCAGCAUCCUCAAGGCACUGUUCCCCGUGCCGAAGGAGGACGCCAAGCGUGUCAUGACCUUUGCCAACGAGCGCGACUUUAUCUCCUUCCGUCAUCACGUCUUUGCCAAGACGUCGCACAAGGACGUCCAGCUCGCCGAGGUCGGCCCUCGCUUUGAGGCCAAGCCCUACGAGAUUCGCCAGGGAACAGUGGACCAGACCGAGGCCGACGUCGAGUGGCUCCUCCGUCCCUACAUGCAGACUUCCAAGAAACGUACUCACUUCUGA